AUGUAUUUUGAAUGUCCAUGCUCCUUUCGAAUGGAAUUAGAACAUCAACAUCAAAUAAUUUAGCAUAUAGAUUUUUGUUAACAAUUUAAUACGGACAGUCCUUUAUGCAAUAUGUAUAAGAGAAGCAAUGUUGAUGAGAUACCAAUUGAACAAUUAGUUACUUUUUUAUAUGAUUUAAAAUUAUAAGUAGAAAGAAUAGAAAAUGUUUUAAAAAGACGUAUAAUUCUUCUAUAAUAUUUAAAUAGGCAGCUAUAAAAAUUAAACAAAGUCAAUUAUUAAUGAUCUAAAUUUUGAUCAUUAUGCUAAAUAUACAUCAAAUUCCAAAAUAAAAUUAAAUAGUUCUCAAGUAAAGAAUAAUGGAGUUACAUUCAGAAUUAAUACAAACAAUAUAUCUGGUCUAAAAUAGAAAAAUUAAAUAGUAGAAGAAAUUUAAAAUAAUUAAUUACCUCCUACCUCAACUCUCUCACCUGAAAAAUUAGAAAAUGAGUAAGACAAAAAUAACAAUAUCAUUUAUUAAUCAAAUAUAUUAAUAGAAGAACCAUAAAAAAAACUUAGUUUAUAACAAGAAGAUUAAAAAGUAGCAUGUGAAGGUUGUAGAAAACCUUUUUAUUUUAAUUAAGAUUUUGAAAAAUUAUGGUUUUUAGAAGAGUGUUCACAUGUAAUUUGUAAAUAAUGUAUUUUACGUAUGGCAUAGGAAAAAUAUAUUGAUAAUGAUGGUAAAAUUAUGUGUCAAGAAAUUGGAUGUAUAGCUAGAAUUAAUUAAUUUGAAUUAAAAUAAAUAUUAGGUAAUGAUAAAUUUAAUGAUUUGGAUAAAAAACUAGCACUUAAAAAUUAAAAUAUAGUUGAAUGCAUAAAAUGUAAAUCAUAAUUCUCUUUUGAAAAAGGGAAUCCAUAAGAAUAAGUUAAAGAUUAGUAAGGUAAAAGUAUUAAUGGUGAGGCAUUAAUAAGUUAUGCUAAUAAUAGAUUUAUAUGUAAAUAAUGUAAAACAGAAUAAUGUAGAUAAUGCAAUGCUACUCCUUUUCAUAUAGGAAUGACAUGUUAAUAACAUAAAAUUAAUUUAAAAGCAAAUAAAUGUAUUCUUUGUGAUUUUCCUUGUGAUGGAAAAGUUUGUAAUUAAGAAGAUUGCUAAAACAGAAUAAAAAGAUUAUGUUAGAAAACUUUAAAUUGUGGUCAUUCUUGUAAUGGAGUUUAGGGUGAAGAAUGUUUUUGUUUGCUUUGUUCUAAUUAAGAUCCAGAUAAUUAUUGUAAUAUGUGUUUUACUGAAGCUUUAAAAAGUGCACCAUGCAUUAAAAUAGAAUGUGGUCAUAUAUUUCAUGAAGAAUGUAUUAUGAAAAAAUUAGAUGCUAAAUGGAAUGGUCCUAGAAUUUUUUUUCAAUUUUGUUCAUGUCCUUUAUGUAAGAAAUGGUUGAAUGUUAAACAUAAAGAAAUAGAAACAAGAUUAAAUUAGAUUCUGAAAUUAAAAUUAUAAGUAAUGGAUUUAUGUUUAGAAAGAUUAGAAAUAGAAGGAUUGAAAUAAGCUAAAGAAUUAACAGAUCCUAAAAGUUAAUUUUAUUAAAACCCUCAAGAAUUUGCAAUGGAUAAAUUUUGUUUUUAUGAAUGUUUUAAUUGUAAAAAACCUUAUUUUGGAGGUAUAAAGAAUUGUUAAGCAAUUGAUUAAAACAAUGAUAGAGCUUAAUUUAAAAAGGAAGAUUUAAUAUGUUCAAGUUGUUGUCCAAUUUCAUUUGAAGCUAAUUGUAAUAAACAUGGUGAUAAAUAUAUUGAAUUUAAAUGUCGAUUCUGUUGUUCUGUUGCUGUAUGGUUUUGUGGGUAUAUUUAAAAGAUAUAUUUUUAGAGGAACAACUCAUUACUGUGAACCAUGUCAUAGUGGAAGAAAUCCUAAUAUGAAUAAGCCUUGUCCUGGACCAGAAAAAUGUCCAUUACGUGUUAAUCAUAAACCAAAUGGUCAGGAAAAUGCUUUAGGAUGUGCACUUUGCCGUUCUUAAAGGUUUGAUGAUUUAAUUAAAAAAAACUGA